GUUUCGGCCAUCUGAUUUUGCAUUUUAGGGGGGUAACAUGAGGCGUUUUUUGACGAUGUCGAGAAGCUUCAAGGUUAGUCGGCAGAUGCCGGAGUUGAUUUCUCCGGCGAGGCUAACACCUCGUGAAAUCAAACCCUUGUCAGAUAUCGACGACCAAGAUCAGUUGCGUCUUCAUCUUUCACUAAUAAAUUUUUACCGGAAUAGAUCGGACAAUGAUACAACAAGGACAGAGGAUCCUGUGAAGGUUAUCAAGGCAGCUCUGGCGGAGACUCUGGUUUCUUACUACCCUUUUGCUGGAAGAGUGAAAGAAUUAAGUGGAGGGAAGUUAGCGGUGGAUUGCACCGGAGAGGGGGCGGUGUUUGUCGAGGCCGAUUCUGAUGGGACGCUGGAAGAGUUCCAGGGGAAUGAGAUCCAGCCGCCAUUUCCAUGCUUGGACAAGCUAAUGUGCAGUUCUUUGUCGGGAAUUACGGAUUCCCCUUUGCUUCACAUCCAGGUGACACGAUUUCGAUGUGGGGGUUUCAGCUUCGGCCUCUGUUUCAACCACACAAUAGCAGAUGGUGUCGGAAUCGCCCAAUUUCAGAAGGCUUUGUCGGAAAUAGCUAGAGGAGCACCUGCCCCUUCAGUAACCCCUGUUUGGAGGAGGGAGCUUUUGAAGGCCAGAGACCCUCCAAGAGUGACAUGUGUCCACAAGAUAUACGAGGAUGAUAAUUCGUUCUGUGAUUACCAUGGAACUGAUUCCGACAUGGUCCGGAAAUCCUUUUUCUUCGGCCCGGCAGAGAUCUCUGCUUUGCGCAACUCCCUGCGCCUCAAGUGUUCAAGCUUCGAUCUCAUCGCUGCCUGUCUCUGGCGUUGUCGCACCAUCGCCCUCCAAUUCGACUCCGAUGAGGAAGUACGGUUCAUUGCGCCAGUGAAUGCCCGAUCCCGGGUUGAACCGGCCUUGCCAGAAGGGUAUUACGGAAAUGCCAUUGCAAUACCAGUGGCGGUAACCACGGCAGGGAAACUCAUCGAGAACCCGCUCAGCUACGCCGUGGAUUGGGUGAUUAAAGCUAAGUCGGAGGUGACUGACGAGUACAUGAAGUCACUUGCUGACCUGAUUGUUUUGAAAGGAAGGUUGAACGGUUUCCCGCAGUUCCUGAAAGCGUCCUCAUAUAUUGUUUCCGACACGAGAAGACUUGGAUUGGAUGAGAUCGAUUUUGGGUGGGGGAAUCCAGUUUACGCUGGGCCGGCAAUAAGUGAUACGGAGCCUUGCCAUUUUUAUAGCUUUCUCAUUCCCAAGAUGAAUAAACAAGGGGUAAAAGGAAUGGUUGUCCCGGUUUGCUUACCAAAAGCUGCCAUGAAAAGGUUCAGCGAAGAGAUUGAAGUGAUGGUGAAAAGUUUCGUUUAGAACACGCCUCCAUCAUAAACGUAACUUUACAUUCUCUUAAAAAGUUAUGUUCACGAAACAUUCUUUUGAAAAGACUCGCUUUGCUUAGCCUAUGCGCGCUUUCAAGUAUCUUCUGUGAACCGCUGUUGAAAUUAAAAGAUGGAUUUUUUUUUAUUUUUAUUUUUUUU